CCCACCCAUGCUUCUUUUUCACAACAAACAUUCUGAAAAUGAAAUAGCGAUGAAUGCGGAAAAUUAUGGACAAAAAAGUACUUUGAGCUGUUGUGAUUUGCCCUGGUUAACGCUAGAAAUCGUGUCAACAAUCUAGCCAACUUCAUAGCCUCCCCCGACAGUCUGCACUAGCUGUAGCUAGCUAAAUGUAUUUUCCUGGGAGUGUUAAGCUUUCAUAUAUACAGUCAUUGGUUAAGAUAGCUAGCUAGUUAUUAAUGAAGUAAUUUAGCUCAAUCGAUGUUAGUUUUUAUCUAGCUAACUAGGUAACUAGCUAUAAGAUAGCAACUCACCAGAAGACAUCCCAAUGAUUAGUAUGAGAUAAGUCUUCAUCCCUUCUCAAGAUGUUUGCAGAGCUCAACAGUAUUCUCAAUACCAGUCCCGACAGCUUCAAGCAGGUAACCCUAACCUCACCCCUAACCAUAACCAAUUUCAAUCCCUAUACCUAAUCCUAACCUUUGUGGAUUGAUGUCUGCAGGGAGAGUUUAUCUUGGUGUCUGACAGACACACAGACGCGUCCUUCCUCAUUCACCAUUUCCUCUCCUUUUAUUUACGAGGUGAGGCUCUAUGUGCGUGAUGUCCAGUUGACUGAUACUUGUCCAUAACACUGUGCCCUGUAUUACUGAUGUUCACGUUGUUGUUGACUGUUGUGAGGUGAAAAACAAUGAUAGUCAGUAAUAGAGGGAACAUAUGGGGCCAAGUUAUGCACUGCUUUGAUGUACUCUCAUAAGUGGUAAAAAAUUAAAUCUGGUGAGGCCAGACCUGCUCAGAAGUUUGUGUGUGUGAUUUACAGCGGGCUGUAAGGUGUGUUUCCUGGGUCUUGUGCAGUCCUUCAGUCACUACAGUGCAAUCAGUCAACGUUUGGUGAGUAUACUUAUCCUCCAAAACGCUGGGUUAAACUUUCCCCCAGCCACUCUUAUACAUACUGUGCAAGUCAAUAUGUGUCUUUACAGUUGUGUAUGAUUUGCUGUUGCUUGGUGGAGAUGUAUUAACUACAUUUUGUAUGGGUUCUUUCUGUGUUACAUGUUAAUCAGGGUGUGAGUUUGACCCAGGCUAGGGAGAAAGGGCAGCUGGUGUUCUUAGAGGGACUGAAGGAAUCCUUGGGGGUACUGCUUCAGAGGGAGGCCAGUAAAGGAACCCGAGCAGUGGACUUCCUCAGGUACCUGUCUGUAGCGUUGUUUUCUCUGACUCUGAUUAAGCCUACUCCUGGACUAAAAAGCAUGUUCGAGUGGCGCAGUGGUCUAAGGCACUGCAUCGCAGUGCUAACUGUGCCACUAGAGAUCCUGGUUCGAAUCCAGGCUCUGUCGUAGCCGGCCGCGACCGGGAGACCCAUGGGGCGGCGCACAAUUGGCCCAGCGUCGUCCAGGGUAGGGGAGGGAAUGGCCGGCAGGGAUGUAGCUCAGUUGGUAGAGCAUGGCGUUUGCAACGCCAGGGUUGUGGGUUCGUUUCCCACGGGGGGCCAGUAUGAAAAAAAUAAAAAUAAUGUAUGCAUUCACUAACUGUAAGUCUCUCUGGAUAAGAGCGUCUGCUAAAUGACUAAAAUGUAAAAUGUAAUUCAGUGCAGAAGCUCCAUUGAAAGUGCUUUUUGGUCCUGGAAUAUCGAAGACUUUAUCUGGUUCCGGGAAUCCAACCUGUAUUGUUUGACACAGCCACUCAUACACCUUUUCUCUGAUGUAACCAAAGCAGUUGAUGAUAAUAUGAAUCUGAAAAUAUCUCUUCCCCCUUCAUUUAUCUCCCCCUCUGUCCCCUUUCUUUCUUUGUCUCUUUCUCCCUGUCUCUCUGUUCCCCUCCACCUCUCCACAGAGAUCCCAGUUCUGGCCUGCAUGGUCUAUAUGACUUUGUGCGGGACAACGUAAGGGGGGCUGUGGGGGGAGGUGGUGGUGAGGAGUGGGGUUCCCCUGUGCUCCUGGUGGAUGACCUCAGUGUGGUCCUGAGUCUGGGGGUCAGUGUUGGAGCGGCGCUGGACUUCAGUCAUUACUGCAGAGCCACUGUCUGCUCCGAGCUGCAGGUCAGAUAAUACAGUAUAUCACAUUUCACAUUUACAUUUUAGUCAUUUAGCAGACGCUCUUAUCCAGAGCAACUUACAGGUAGUGCAUUUAUCUUAAGAUAGCUAGGUGGGACAACCACAUUACAGUCAUAGUAAGUAAAUUUUUCCUCAAAGUAGCUACCAGCAAAGUCAGAGCUAGUAAGGGGAGAAAAAAGUCAAGUGCGAGUGUUAGUUCACAAAAUUAUGUGGGAUGAUUUAAGAUACUCUUUGAAGAGGUAGGGUUUUAGAUGUUUUCAGAAGAUGGGAAGGGACUCUGCUGUCCUAGCAUCAGGGGGAAGCUGGUUCCACCAUUGGGGUGCCAGGACAGAGAACAGCUUGGACUGGGCUGAGCGGGAGUUGCUCUCCCGUAGGGGUGGGAGGGCCAAGAGACCAGAGGAGGCAGAACGGAGUGCUCGGGUUGGAGUGUAGGGUUUGAGCAUAGCCUGAAGGUAGAGAGGGGCAGUUCCUCUUGCUGCUCUGUAGGCAAGUACCAUGAUUUUGUAGUGGAUGCGAGCUUUGACUGGAAGCCAGUGGAGUGUGCGGAGGAGCGGUGUGACAUGGGAGGCGCACGGUAUCACAAGCUCACUGUCUCUCCAUCGUCUGACUCUGUUCAAAUAAUCACACACAUUCCUCCUCUAUAUCUACUUUUCCUUUUCUCUUUGAUCUGCAGGGCAGCAUGGUGAUGUUAGUGCGAUGUGAGGCGGAAGAGGAGGAGGAGAGUGAUGACGAUGGCUCAGAGCGGCUCCUGAGGGGCCUUACACACCAGUGCAGCCUCACACUCCAAGUACAGGGUCUCCCCACCGGCUACUGCAGGGACAUCCACGGACAAGUCAGAUGGAUUACAUUAUUUGUGUGUGUGAGAGUGAGAAAAAGAGAGAGAAAGAGAUUGAGUGUUAUGUGCAGUAGAAAACUGUUAAACUGCAUUAAGCUAAACCGUACUGUGUGUGUUUCAGGUGGAAGUGUGCUGGCGAGGACAAUGUGACAGGCAGCAGACCCAGAAGAAACUCUUCCAGUACAAGGUCCACGACAAGGGGGCUUCCUUUUUCGCCAGGGGGACGUCCAGUGCAGUCCUUUAACCCCUCAAUGGAUCCCUUCUGCCUCCCUUCCCAGUGUCGAUCCCCAGUCCCUUACCUCUUUCAGUCACAUGGCUCCCUGGGCUCAACCAUAGAGAAUGAUAGAUGCCUGUAGUGGCCAAAAGGCCGUAUUAGCAUGGGCAGC